AUGUUUUUUCAGGAGAGCAAAAAAAGCAACGCAAUUGAAACGACACCUGAUCAUCCUAUUGAACAUCCACAAGGGCAUACAUAUGAAAAUCCUAUUGAGAACCCUAUUGAGCAUCCUCUUAGACGUUCUUAUGAAAUAUCUCUUAAAAAGCCAAAUCCAGCUAUUGAGUCAACUCUUAGUCUGAUUUAUGAACAAAUAUCAUCGAUUACAGAAAUUAAAAAUAAAUUCUCAAAUGACUUUUUAAAAUGAAGUUGCUGUUCAAAAUUGCUUAAAAGUAGUUUAAAUUCAAUUGAGCAAUAUAACCACACUCUUGAUCAAAUUAAAACUGCGGUAGAAAAUGCUCAAUCGAUUGAUGAUUUUCCUUUAUCAUUAUUGGAAAUUAUGAAUAUUGCAGAUAAUAUUAAAAUCCAAAUAGAAUGCAUAGAAAAAUUAAAUGAAAUUUUAUUAUUGGAAAAUCAAGUUAAGAUGUAUUGGCUUGCAAAGUUUUCAGAAAACCCAGAAAAGAUUGAUAAGCUAAAAUCUGAAUUGAGUAGCACAAUAGAGGAUAUAGAAAAUUGGUGCUCCCAUCUUAGAAAAAUUAAAAAUCAAUUAAAAUUUAUAGAUGAUGCAAAAAUAUAUAACGAUGACCACCCCUCAAUCUUCAUGUCUAUUGCAACAAAAAUUUUUCGAAAAAAUUUUCAUGCCUACUGCAACACAACAUUUUUAUAAAACAAAUUAAUGCAUUUUUCUCUAGAUGAGUUUCUCAAAAAAAACAUAAAAACGGCGCUGCUGUAGGCGUUUCAAUGACCUUCUCAUCAAGAUUUAGACGGCUAUUGUUAUCGCUCGCCAUUUUAUUAAACUUAUCUAGCUAAAAAGCACGGAAAAUUUAAGAUGCGCAUCGAAAAUUUGCCGCAAGAGGAUUAGGAUUAGGAUUAUUACAGACAGGCGCUAGCCAUAUUGGUGACGCAGCCACCAAAGACCUCCAGUACGGAAGGUUCUACCGCUUUUCGACUCCAGCCCAGAGGGUCUAUCCCUCUUACGAGUUCUUUCCGGUACCUUCUAUCUCCUCCUUGCCUUGCGGCUUCAGUCUUGAGUGAGCGGCUUAUGGAUUUCUGCGGUCCUGCUACGGGCGAUAGGAGUAGCUUGAUUCCAAGGAUCCUUGGAGUCUAUCGAGUGUCAAAGUGCCUUCCUUCGACAGCUACAGGAAAAAGACUGUUCCCCUGUGGCCUGGGCUGAAUCCCCAGUUUUCUCCGGAGAGGAAUGCCUUGGGUCCUCGGAUCCAAAGGACGUUGCUGAGCGCAUCUAUUUCCAACCACAGAAAUGCAGCCAAAACCUUCCCGGAUACACACUUCUUGAGCCUGCAUCUGAUUCUUGGCUCGGAGUCCGUCCCAGUUCGUCGUAGCCAUAAGGUCUGGACUGCUGCGCCAAGAGGGCAGGUUGUCACGUGUCGCCAUUUUAUGUAUAUAAUUUGUUGCAAGAGACAUGAAAAUUAAUAUUUUUUUUAUAUAAAAUUUUAUAUUAAAAAAUUGCAUUUUUGUUGCAAUAGGGGGGUCAUCGUUAAUAUCAUCAAUGCACUAAAGCCAAUUUCUGAAUUAAUAAAUAACAAUUUUAAAGUCAAGCACUUUUUUUAUAUCAAAGAUAGUCAGCUUUGAAUAUAUGGUACAGAAGCUUGAAGAUGGUCUUAUAUUUCUUUGCCUUUUGAUCAGUAUGAUUCUUAUUCAUAUGAUGGAAAAGUCAUAGAGCUUCCAAAUUCUGAAAUUUUUUGUUUAACAGAUGAUAAUGAUAUAUUUACAUUUGACCUAAAAACAUGACGCAUCAACAAAAAAUAUCCUGAUUCGAGUGGGUAUAGAUAUUCGCUGUUACUUUCUUAUGAAAAUUGUGUUUAUUUAUUUUGUUUUAAGCCUAACAGCCUUGCUUGCUUAGAAAAAUUUAAUAUAUCUAGCACCAUAAAAACAAGCUUGCCUAGUCCUCCUAUCGAUUGUAAAUCAUCUUUAUCAGGCUGUGUAUAUAAAAAUUCCUUUUUAUUUUGUGCUAAAGCAAGUUCUAGAUUAUUCAAAUUUGACCUCUUAAUAGAAAGCUACUCACAACUUCCAAUUUCAGUAAAUUCAAAGUUUGUAAAAAUGCUAUUUACUGGAAACAUGAGAGUUUAUAUCGCAAAUCAAAAUUAUGGGAUUUUUGAAAGUGAGGUUGACAAUGAAUAUCAUUGGAAUCAAAUUGGCCAAUAUCAGAUUGAUUCAAUUGAAAAAUGCAUUGACUUUAGCCACUUAAAUUUUACUUAUUUUUCUAUUGUGAAACAUGGACUAAUGAAAGUCUAUCUAUUUGAUUUGGGAAAUAAGAAAAUUUAUAAGACUAAUAAAGAUUACUAUGGUAGGGUGGAUAUUUAA